AUGGCAACUGACCUUGACAGACUGGCCAAGCAAAAUCUUGACCUGUUAGAAUCCGGCAAUUUUGCCGAUGUUGAAAUCAUUUGCCAAGGAAGAACAUGGAAGGUGCACAAAGUCAUCCUGCAAAGUCGAUGUCGCUGGUUUGAGAAGGCUUUUGAGAACAACUGGCAGGAGGCACAGACUGGCCGAAUUUACCUACAAGACGAACAGCCAGAGCAGGUCAAUGAGCUCCUGAAAUUCAUCUACAUAGGCCGAUACAUACCAGCUGCAGAGCCUAGAAAGGGAUGUAUUUCAAUCGCCGUUCUGGCGAAGACCGUGUCUCUGUGGCGCCCCGCCGAUUUUUUCUUGCUGCCAGAUCUAAAGGAGGCGAUCCAGGAGUACCUCAUUUCGAGGCUCGCCGCCGUGCUAUGGUUCUUCCACAAUUUCAGGUUCUACCUAGUCACCCGCGAGGCUCUCCACAACAAGUCCGUCGAUCAAAAGGACGCCCUGGCCAAUUUCUACGUCGAUUUUAGUCAAGCGGUUGCGGAGAUUUACAAAAGUUAUGGUGCACGACAAAUUCACAAGUUGUUUGCUGCUUUCGCCUGUGGCUUGCGCGAGCACAUGUCGGAACAUGUCAUCUGGGAUCUCAUGAAGCGAGUCCCCGAGUUCCAAAAGGACGUGUCUAACGCGCUUGUUACACUCCACUUCCCCAAGGCUGGCGACGAACUUUUGAGUGGUGGGUUGAAAAACCUCUGUCUCUCCGAGGCCUGGAAAGCCGACUCCGUUUGGUCAACUGGAGACGGUAGCGGCUUCAGAUGCUCUAAAUGUGGCGAACAAAGCCCGGAGAUGGGCAAAGCAACGUCCUCACGCGGCGAAGUACGGGAUAUGACACUUGAUCCAUUCCCACUGGGAACUCGGAAAUGGUGCAACGACUGCGCCUUUUCGUCAAUCAAGUCUCUCUUGGAAGCCAUGAUCAAUAGGUAA